AUGCAGGAGGCAGUUGUGUUCAAGUUCACAAACUUUCAAUGUGAAAGCUACAAUCGAUCUUGGUUCGUGUUCCACGAAUGUCGCCUGAGAGCCAUAAGUCGCACUAAAGUCAUUUUGAAUAUGAACGGGACAAUCCUUUAUCCAGCCAAUAGGAUCCUAACCCAAUUCAUAUUGUAUAAAAGGGAUAAUGGGUACAAGCCUUGGCUGGUAAACGUCCGAAUCGAUACCUGCAGAUUCGUAAAACAAAACUACAAUCCGGUAGCAAAAAUCAUUUUCAGCUUAUUCCAGGAAUUCUCAAAUAUUAAUCACACUUGUCCAUACAUGGGACCUCAGAUACUUCAGGGUUUCUAUUUGAGGCCUGAAAAAUUAAUUCGUCCCUUACCAAAUGGUGAUUAUAUGUUGGCUAUUAUAUGGAAUUUCGAUCGGAGACCUCAAUUUGACACGAAUAUUAGUUUCACCUUUGCAGAGGAUCUUUCCAAAACAAAUAAUAAACAUUAUAUAUAA